AAUAUCUUCUGCUCUUUCCAUAGACCUGAAACACCGUCAACAUGUCCAGCAAGCGAGCGAAGGGGAAAACCACUAAGAAGAGGCCACAGAGAGCCACUUCAAAUGUGUUUGCCAUGUUUGACCAGUCACAGAUCCAAGAGUUCAAAGAGGCCUUCAACAUGAUCGACCAAAACCGAGACGGAUUCAUCGAUAAAGAGGAUCUGCAUGACAUGCUGGCCUCUUUGGGUAAGAACCCGUCUGAUGAUUACCUGGAGGGAAUGAUGAGUGAAGCACCAGGUCCCAUCAACUUCACCAUGUUCCUCACCAUGUUUGGAGAACGGCUCAAUGGAACCGACCCGGAGGACGUGAUAAGGAACGCUUUCGCCUGCUUCGAUGAGGAAGGAUCUGGUUUCAUUCAUGAAGAUCACCUGCGAGAGCUGCUGACCACCAUGGGAGAUCGUUUCACAGAUGAAGACGUGGACGAGCUUUACAGAGAGGCUCCCAUCGACAAAAAGGGAAACUUUAACUAUGGCGAGUUCACCCGGAUUCUCAAACACGGAGCCAAGGACAAAGACGACAUGUAGCCGAUCAGAGCACAUUACACACACACACACGAUGAACAUCCACUGUGGAAAACAGCAUUUCAUAUGGUGAUCUAAAAAAACAAGUAAUUAUAUCUCUAUAUGCACGAUUAGA